AUUCAGAAGCUACAUCUGGCAUACAUUUAAUCAACACAGUUCAACGAACAACCAAGAGGAGGCCAUUUUGAACAUCACUCUGUGGCAGGUCGCUGUCACUCCUGCAGUCUGGCUUGGAGAGUUUCAAGAUGGAUGAAGCCAUAGAGCUUUCGAGUGAUGGAAACUCCCUGCUAAAAGCGGUCUAUCAAAGCCGGCUGCGCUUGACCAGGCUCUUGUUGGAAGGGGGCGCCUACAUCAACGAAAGUAACGAUCGUGGGGAAACGCCUUUAAUGAUAGCUUGUAAGAGCAAGCACAUCGACCACCAAAGCGUCAGCAAAGUCAAAAUGGUCAAGUAUCUGCUGGAAAAUAAUGCCGAUCCCAAUAUACAAGACAAAACUGGGAAAACGGCCCUGAUGCACGCUUGCUUAGAAAAGGCGGGCCCCGAAAUAGUCUCUUUGCUGAUAAAAAGUGGCGCCGACUUGACGCUGCAAGACCACUCGAGUUAUUCAGCCCUGGUUUAUGCUAUCAAUUCAGAGGACAAAGAGACCUUGAAGGUUCUCCUCAAUGCUUGCAAGGCGAAAGGGAAAGAAGUCAUCAUCAUCACCACAGCCAAGUCUCCCUCCGGGAGGCACACCACCAAGCAGUAUCUGAAUGUGCCUCCGGGAGACAUGGAAGGAUUUCAGUCUCCAACUUCCUGUGCUACCCCUUCCGAAAUAGAGAUUAAGACCGCCUCUUCUCCCCACGCCGGCUCCUCUGACUUGGAGAAAGGGCUUUUUGGCUUUAAAGAUCUGGAUCUUUCAGACAGCAGUGAUGAUGCUUCAGAAUCAGGUUCCCCUACUGGAAGAGCUGCUGCCGUUCACAGUGGGCCUAAGCUGGGCCAAGCACAACACUUGCAUUUAGAUCCCUGGAUAAAAAACUCUCCUUCUCUCUUGCACAAGACUAAAGUGGCCUCUUUACAAGAAGAACUUCAGGAUAUUACACCAGAGGAAGAGUUCUCUCUGAAACUAAACGGGCUGGCCUUAUCCAAGCGGUUUAUCACCCGACACCAAAGUAUUGAUGUGAAAGACGCCGCACAUUUGUUAAAGGCCUUUGAACAGGCUGGCUCCAGGAAAAUGUCUUACGAUGAGAUCCAUUCGCAGCCCUUCUUUUCCGAACCAGGCAGUUCUGGCAGUGACCUCCCAGGGGACCAAGACCCGGAGUCAGCAACUCAAGCGGCGUUUGUUUCUACCCUGAGAAAUAUUGUCCAAAGGAGAAGCUCGGGAGCAAAUCACUAUAGUUCCGAUUCUCAGCUCACUACCGGACUCACUCCGCCAACUUCAGAAGAUGGAAAAACGUUUGGAGGAAAGAAAAAAAUCCUCUGCCCAUCUCCACCGGCGCUGGCCGGGGCUAAGGAACUGCCGGAGAGUGUGCCUCCCGUCCCGCUGAGCAGGAGAAAUCACGCCAUGCUGGAAAGGCGCGGCUCGGGAGCCUUCCCACUGGAUCACACGGCACAAACCCGUCCGGGCUUUCUUCCCCCAAAAAAUUUACUCUAA